GAAAAAAAAAACGGGGUAAUCGCGGGUAUAAGUAGAACGUGUAACGUUAUUGGCUUGCUUUGUCAACUGGUAGGCUAAAUAUUAAUCAACGGUCCCAAAGUGCGCAUGAGGAAAACACUAGUACCUCCUCCAUAGCAUUGUGAACACCAGAAACAGAUUGCACUCCGAAAAGCCUCCAAGUUAAAAUGGGUUUGUUUUACCUUAUGACAAACUGGGCCUGCUAUGCGAUGUUCUAUUGUUUCCUUCUGAUUGCAGUUGCGUUCCUUGUUUAUUGUUUGUAUAUCAAACACAUUCACAUGAAAUAUGAUCAUAUCCCUGGCCCACCACGAGACAGCUUUUUAUUUGGGCAUUCAUCGAUGAUGAAAGAAGAAACGGAGGGUGGAAAAAUUCUCCACGACAAAUUCCAACAGUGUGCUGAAAUGUAUGGACCUGUUGUUCGUGUUAAUGCAGCUCAUAUUGUUAUUUUAUUGGUGACCUGUCCAGAGGCUACGAAGGAGAUCUUGAUGUCCCCUAAGUGCCUAAAACCUAAGCCCAUAUACAAGCUAUUCUUUGGACUUUUUGGAUCGAGGUUUAUGGGAAAUGGCCUGCUUACAGCUACCGAGCACGAGCAGUGGCAUAAACAACGACGGAUAAUGGACCCUGCCUUCAGCAGUCUGUACCUCAGGGGCCUGAUGGGGACCUUCAACGAGAGGGCAGAAAACCUCAUGGAUGAACUCACAAAUUUAGCAGACAGCAAAAAAGAAGCAAAGAUGCUCCAGUUGUUCAACCGUGUGACCUUAGAUGUCAUCACCAAGGUGGCCUUUGGAAUCGAUUUGGACCUCAACCAAAACAAGGACUCGCCUUUCCCUAGAGCCAUUGAGAUGUGUCUGACAGCCAUGGUUCAUACCACCCGAGACAUGCUUUUUCAGCUAAUGCCGAAGAACCGACCGUUCAUCAAGGAGGUGAGGGAGUCGUGCCAGCUUCUGCGGACCACAGGAGAAGCCUGGAUCUCCAAACGGAGAACCGCCAUCCAAAAUGGCGAAGAUGUACCCAAAGACAUCCUCACUCAGAUCAUCAAAUCAGCUGGACAAGAAGAGGAAAGGACUAAAGAAGAUGAGGAUCUUAUGUUGGACAACUUUGUGACAUUCUUCAUCGCAGGACAGGAUACUACAGCCAAUCAGCUUGCCUUCUGCAUCAUGGAACUAGCAAGAAACCCUGACAUCAUGAAAAAAGCGCAGAAAGAGGUGGAUGCUGUUCUUGGAAUGAAGCAGGAGAUAAGCAAUGAUGAUUUGGGAGAGCUGACCUACCUAUCACAGGUGCUGAAGGAGACCCUUAGGAUGUAUUCCACCGUUCCCGGAACCAAUCGUCAGUUGCCAGAGGACAUGACCAUCAGUGGUGUUCACAUCCCUGCAGGAACUUUGUGCGUGUUUAGCUCUCAUGUCUGUGGAAGGAUGGAGAAAUUCUUCAAGGACCCACUGACGUUUGAUCCGGACCGGUUUCAUCCAGACGCACCCAAGCCUUACUACUGUUACUACCCCUUCGCUCUCGGUCCACGCUCCUGUCUGGGACAGAAGUUUGCACAGAUGGAGGCUAAAGUGGUGAUGGCCAAGCUGCUUCAGAGGUUUGAGUUCAGUCUGGUGCCAGGACAGUCCUUUGACAUCCUUGACACUUUAACCCUGAGGCCCAAGAGCGGGGUCGUUUGCAACAUUAAACACAGGAAUCCCAACAUGUGAAACUUUAUAUCGCAAUUAGCUGGUCUAAGAAGCUGUGGUAUACUGCUGACACAACAUGACCAGCAGAUGGCGAUGAUCGACUACUUAUGAGUAACCUGACCGGUAAGAAAACAGCGUGGAGAGGACAUGUUCUUUGCCAAUUUUCGUAGACGGUGUAGUGGUAAAGACCUUGCUGCUAAAGGCAACGUGAAACUUUCAUGUAACAUAAAGAUGAGUUUCUCCAAGUUAAA